AUGGAAGUUCAGAUAAGGGAAAGUAAAGCUUCAAACUCGCCGGUGACUCAAGAAAGAUUGAUUGCACUUAUAGAUUUGACUUUUAAGGAAGUUACUGCUGAAAAUAAUGGAAAAGUAUCCAAUAAUUCGAUUGUUCACGGUAUUUUAGAGAAGUUAAAUGCUCAUUCCUCUUUAUAUAAAUAUGUCAUUUCAAUUACAUCCAUAGAAACUGAUGAAUCUAUCACGGAUUCAAAUUUCCAAUUAUCUAGUGCGAUUGGAUCUUCAUGGAAUACGAAGAAAGAUGGCCUUUUUAAUCAUAUCUUCGAAAAUGAUUCCACGGGUAUAAAAUAUUUGAUUACAGUGAUAUGGAUAUCUAAAUAG